AGGGUUGUCUCUGACAAUUUAGAUUUUUAUGAUCUGAAUAUAGCGGCGUCGCAAAUUGAUCAUUAAUCAAUGUUUAAUAGGGGCGUGAAUAUCAUUCCUAUAAUAAUCUGAAAAUUACACACAUUAGUAUACAGCAUAUCGUACAAAGAAUUAAGAUACCUACUCAUCUUGCUUCAUUGUCAGUGGAAAAUAGUGAUAUUUAUUAAGAUAGAUCCAUGUGAUAUCGACUGUUACUCUAUUUUUAUUCAUUUUUUCCGGAUGAGCGUGUUCUCGAAACAACGGACGAUAGUGUGAUAGAGCUUUGAAGUGUCACGAGAUCCGAUUCGUGUGAUCGUUUUGGGUUUAACUAGUAGCAAAGUUACCACAUAUUUUGCUGGAUACAAUCAACUGAUUAUCGAAGUGAACUGUUGCAAUUAUGGAUAAACAAUCUGGAUUCCAAAAACAAUAUUUAGGCUCAAGCACUGUAGAUAGAAAACGAAAGCUGAAACACAAAGUCAUUCCUUCGACCAACAAUAGCGCUAUUCCAAGUGAAGAGAAAAUUCGAAAAUUGACCGACCUACAGAUCUCGAGCAAUCUGAGUCAGAUUUCAUCUCAACCGUUAUGCCAGAUUGAUGACGCAUUAGAUAAGAUGACUGAAAUUUGGAAUCAUGUUUCGCAAAAUGAACUUCCUUUAUUUAAAGAGCUGGACGAAUCACUGCUGGCAAAAGCUAAUGACAGAAUUAAAAUAUUGGAAAGGGAUCUCCGCCGUGCAGAGGAAGAACAUGAAUCUCUUGAACGAAAUUUGAAUGCAGAAGAUGAAAUACGCACGGAAAUUAUGGAAAAACAAAACCUCAUAAGGAACUCCAUGUCUCUUAUACAAGAGCAGAGCGACUGUAUAACAGAAAGUUCAAUGAAGAAUGAAAAAGACCGGAAAUUCGUGGAAAAAUUAUAUACAGUAAUAAUAGAACAGAGAAAAAGGAUUAACGAUUAUCUAUCUCAACAAGAUAAUAAUCAGGUUAAGGAAGGAACAGGGCGAUUGAAGGAUCAAUUAGUAACCAAAGUCAAUGAGCUGAUGGCAGUACAAUCUAAGUGCAAAGAAUUUGAAGCCCAAAUAAAUACAAUAAAUUGUAACGUAACUCGAGUGGAUGAUGAACUCGAAAAGUUCCAUAGAACUCUAAAUGAUAACCAGAUAAAACAUCGCCGGGAAAUUGAGGAUAUCUCGAACACUAUAAAACUUUUAGAGACAACUCUGAAUAAGGAACAAGAAAAAAAACACACAUUGGAGGUGGAAAGUCUCGAAAAUGAGAGGAAUUAUAAAGAACUCUUAUCGCAAUACAAAAUUCUCGAAGCUAUGCCUGGAGUCUAUGAAAAGCAAAUAACAGAUUUAACAUCUGAAACAGAUAAGAUAAAGACAACGAAAAUGAAUGUGAACAAUGAAAUCGCGGCUUUAAAAAACACACAUCUCGCAGCAAUAUGGAAUAGAGAUUUAGAAUUAGCUGAUUACAGGCAGCAGAUUCAAAAUCUGGAAUUAAAACAGGAAGAGGAGAAUAAUCAGCUACUCAAAGUCAAAUCCGAUAACGAAAAAUUAUCAAAAACUUCAACGAAAAUUCUUGAGGAUAUUGAGGACUUAGAAAGAACAUUAGCACACAAAGAUGACAAGAUUAGCGGACUCAGGAAAGAUUUGAUAAAUACCAUUGAGAGUAACAGAAAAGCAAAAGAGACUAUUCGGAAACUGAAUGCAGAAUUUGCGCAUCAAGAAGAGAAUCUCUCUAAGGAUAAAAUACUUUAUGCGACAUACGAAACUAUUGAGACUGAGAAUUCUGAGGCAGAAUCUGUGUUGAGGAUCAAGAUAGCCGAAAAAGAAAAAGAACUGAAAGAGAAAUCUAACGAUUUUGAUGAAAUUUUUGCCAAAGUAAACCUAGAAAAAUCGCAGAUUAUGGCAGGAAAUAAUGCGAUGAACCAGGAAAUUAAACAGAAGAGUCACAAGGUCACUGAAUUGGUAUCAGUUAUAGAAAACCUGCAGCAAAGAAAGGAACUUGGAGCUGCGGAGUACAAUGACAAAUUACAGAAAAUAAAAGAAUCAAAGGAGUGUAAGAUGGGCCAUGAAAAUGAAAUCCAAGAGAAGAUUAAACAAAUACACAUUCUUGACCAAGAAUUAUCAAACGCAAGGGCUGACCUUAGAAAAAUGAAGUUGGAAAAAAAUGAUAAAACUUACACGCAGGAUCAAAGAAACAUUGCCGAAUUGACAAAACUCAAAUCUGCAUUUGAUAAAUUGCAACAAGACUAUAUUACAACUCAGAAUGAAAACAAAGAUCUACACACGAAAUCAAACAUUGCUCAAAAUGCAAAUGCAGCUAUAAAUGUUGGCAAAGAACUAGAGAGGCAAGAGUUGAGUCUUCUUAUGGGAACAACCUAUGCGCAACAUACGUCAAUGCCAAUUUCUUCAACGCCCAUUAGUUCAUCGCAGGGAAAUACUGUGCAUUUUGAUUUUAGCGAUUCUUCAGAUAUCAGUGCCAUUGAUGGGAUGACUAAAUUUGACGACGCUGAACGCCGAUUUGAAGAGUUGUUGGAAUCAAAUAAGACCGCAAAUUGGAAAUAAUUUCUUGAGUUAUCAUGGUGUGAUAUGCACCAUAACAAUUUAAUUCAAAUUUAGUCUACUAUCUCUUUGUGUUAUCUCUGGAAUGUUGAAAUAUUUGUACAUUACCAGACAAAUUUUAAUGUUCAGAUAUGAGAAAAGCGUAACUGGGUGCAGCUGUUAAGCUCAGUUAUCACUUAAAUUAUCGCUGUGUUAUGUUGAAUACUACAAAAUCAGUUAGUUUAAUCAUUGAAAAUUAAUUAUAACUAAUCAACAGUAAUUAUGGAUUUGAAUCAAACAGAUAUCACUCGAACUUUCAGUUCUAAUUUCAAUUUUCCGUAUAAUACAAGAUAAAUUAUGGGCGUUUGGUGAACAUUUUUGAGACAGAACAUCGUCUUCGUCAAUGGUCAUAAAUAUUUUUCAUUUUACAAAUAUACAUACGUGUAAUAAAAACGGAUAAAUCUUUA